AUGUCUACCGCCGCCCGUCGUCGCCUCAUGCGCGACUUCAAGCGCAUGCAGACCGAUCCUCCCGCUGGUGUCAGUGCGAGUCCUAUUGCGGACAAUGUGAUGACUUGGUAAGACCCCGCCAACACACUCCCAUGAUCAUCCUCACAAUACUAUGGAUACUCAUGUCUCCCGCAGGAACGCGGUCAUCAUCGGUCCCAGCGACACUCCUUUCGAAGACGGUACCUUCCGUCUAGUCAUGCAUUUUGAAGAGCAAUACCCCAACAAGCCUCCGGGAGUGAAGUUUAUCAGCCAGAUGUUUCACCCCAACGUGUACGGGACUGGAGAGCUUUGCUUGGACAUUCUGCAGAAUAGGUGGAGUCCUACAUACGACGUUGCGGCGAUCUUGACAAGUAUUCAGAGGUGAGUGAGUCCUCAGGCCAGGGAAAUAAGGUGGGCGGAGGGAUGAGGGUGUCACAUGCUGACAAACAACGCGGCACAGUCUUCUGAACGAUCCGAAUACUUCGAGCCCGGCAAACGUGGAGGCAAGCAAUCUGUACAAGGACAACAGGAAAGAGUACGUCAAGAGAGUGAGAGAGACCGUGGAGAAGAGCUGGGAGGACUAG